AUGAAGUUCUUGCCUCAGAGAUACCGCGAGUCACAGACAGACUGGUUUGGUAAGCGGGGUAUUUCUUGGCACAUAUCUGUGGUAUACAGACGAAUAGAGGGUGUGCUACAGUGGCAAGCCUUUAUCCAUGUGAUUCAGUCCUGUACCCAAGGAAGUUCUGCUGUUACCGCGAUUAUGCAACAUGUUCUAGCCACAUUGAAGCAAGAGUAUCCUGAAAUCAACAAGGCCUACUUCAGGCAAGAUAACGCCGGCUGCUACCACUCCUCCCGCACGUUAACGAAGUGCCAAGAAAUUUCAGCGAACACCGGAGUGAAGAUAGUCCGCGUUGAUUUCAGCGACCCGCAAGGCGGGAAAGGGGCUGCAGAUCGACUAGCUGCGAGCUGUAAAAGCCACAUUAGGGCAUUUAUUAAUGAAGGCCGUGAUGUCUGCACCGCCAGCGACCUGAAGGAAGCUCUGCUAUCCCAUGGCGGUUUGGAAGGUGUACGAGUGGUUUCUCUUGAUACCAUCGAAGAAACGCCAGACGAUGUGCAAACCAUUACAGGAAUCACCAAGUUGAACAACUUUGAGUUUAGUUCAGUGGGCUCUAUUUCCUGUUGGCGCGCAUAUUCCGUCGGCCAAGGGAAAGUGAUCAAAAUUGAAAAAUCCUCUUCUGGUGAGUUAAUGGUUCUUGAAUGAGCCCAGGCCUUUCUGCUAGUUUAUGACAGUCUGUUCUGUAAGGUUUCUAUUAAUAAGGGAAAAAUUUAUCCGCAAUGCAUCAUAAAAGACUUUCCAUAAGAGAUUAAAUGUUUACAAAACGCUGCUCAAACAAACAAAACACAAGAAAAAGGGGUGAGUAUUUUAAACCCCCUCUUACACGGUAUUCUGUCGUGGGCUGCCUUUGAGGGCUACGCGUUGAUGCAAGAUAAUUAUUUCUUAGCUGUGUGGCUGUCAUAUUUAUAUUUCUCUUAUAUCUUUUGAAGGUCCUGGACAAGGGAUUCUGCAGCCAUCAUUUUCUGCAGGAGAUUUCCGUUCCUAUAAAAGUACCCCCCACAAAUCGUCAGGGGAAGAAAAUGUGGCUGAAGAGACAGCUUCCAUAGAACGUGGCCAGGCAGCAGGGGUGUAUUCAUGUCCUCAAGACGGCUGCACUCGUGUUUUUCAAAGGCUUUCAGCCUUAGAAAAGCACUUGUCACUUGAAAAAUGUACCAGGGUACCAGAAAAAAUUUCUUUAAUGGACUUGGCAAAAAUUGGCUACAAAUCGUAUUUGGAAGAAGGUAUGGGAAAGCUGCCAUCGCUUCAAGCCCCUGUACGACAGGAAGAUUCUCGUGUUUCUCUGAAAGAAGGAUGGGCUCUUAGAGUAGUAAGGAAGGCUUACAGGUUCAGUGAAAAGCAAAAGUCGUACCUUUUAUCUAAAUUUCGAAUAGGGCAGACGACAGGCCACAAGCUUGACGCAGAGGUAGUUGCUCGAGAAAUGCGGCGUGCCCGGGGCACCGAUGGUGCACGACUAUUCCAGUCAUCGGAAUUCCUCACAACCACCCAGAUCACCUCCUUCUUCUCAAGACAGAGUGCCUUGGUACGCCAGAGAGAUCCUGAUGAGGCUGAUAUCCGAGCAGCUCAAGAGGAGAGUAAUUUUAGCGAAGCAAAGGAGACUGUCGCGUCAAUACAACUUGACCAUCCCCUGAUCUACGAUCAGUACGAUCUUUGUGAAAUGGCGCUAAAUGACUCUUUGAAGAUCUUGAAGCUACCCAUGCUGCAGCACAUGUGUGAAGACCUUGGCCUCGAUAUACCAUCAAAGCCCAUGCGUAAAAAGGCCCCGUACUUGGCUCUACUGAAAGAGAUUGUCAGCAAAUGUACUUGCCAAAAGUCAUCGUGA